AUGGACAUCCUCAACGCUACCGUACCUGUCAUGUCUCCUCCGGCAUCCAACCCACACACGCUCGACAGCACUAUUGGGGCUCUACUCAUUGGGACGUUCAUCGGCCUCAUGUUGUAUGGAUUCUCCAUCCACCAGAUGCUCCGUUACAUCUGCGUCUUUUACGCCGAUGCGUGGCACACGAGAGUGUUGGUUUUCGCAGUCAUAGUACUCGAUACCGCGCACAGUGUGUGGUGCAUGCACACCAACUACGACUAUCUCAUCAAGGGCGACGCACUCAAUGUCACGCUUAGCAAAAACUUUUGGUCUGCAAAGCCACUCGGUGUGAUAUCGGGCACGAUUGUUCUUCUUUGUCAAAGGCAUGUAACGAUCUCGUUGUGCGUUCUUUCCCUAGGUAACCAAGGCUGUAGCUACUACGCACACAAGGUGCACAAGCUUAGAGAAAGGUUCAGUACGCAGGUUGUUGUCGCCGUGGCACUUCUUACUGUCGGGCAAUUCGGCAUGACGCUAGCUGCGACAGUGAUUUUGUUCCUUUGGCCUGAUAACCAAGCCGCGUUUACCGUGAAGCUGCUGAACUGCACCCACUCUGGGAUGGCUGCAGCAGCGAACUUCCUGCUUGCCGCCUCUCUCAUCUACAGCUUCCAUCGCCUGCGCUACAGAGGAGGGGAUCACUUGAUCAGCUGGAAAACUGACACCAUCUUACGGAUCUUGACGGCUUACACUAUCAACACCGGAGUUCUAGUAGGGAUUUCUACGAUGCUAGCCUUCGCUGCAGCUCUAGCGUGGCCGAAUCCUCAUAUAUACAUCGCCAUCGACUUCAUCGCUACGAAAAUAUAUUCCAAUACCCUCCUUGCAACGAUCAACUCGCGGGACGACAUGCCUCGAACAUCGCCCAUAUGGGACAGCAACGACACCCUCCCGCGUUCCGCGAGUACCAAACCGGGAAUCAUCAGCAGCUUUGUCAUGAACCAAACCCCCGGCUCGCCCACCGUGUUCGACAACACACACCGCCCCCCGAGCUGGAUGAUUCUGAAGCCGGAUGCCUUCGGCGGCGAACCUCUCGACCCGAUCUCCGCCAGACGCCUCCAAAGCCCGCCACCCGCCGCAUGCAGCGCGGAAACGGUUGCGUCGUGGAAGGAGGAGAAUGCGCGGCGGCAGAUCCGGAGGUUCUCCUCCAAGCUCGGCCGGAUGUUCCGCGACGGGGAGCAGGACGAACACGGCGGGUUCGAGAUGCAGCCGCGAGGCUCCUCUCCGACGAAGGCGAUCAACAUUCAAGUCGAAUGCGACGUCGUCGUCCACCGCAGCGAUACGGACGACACCCUGCGCUCGUGCUCUCGCGCGGCGCAAAGGUACGGGGGCGGGUCUGGGUACGGGUACGGGCGAUCGGACUCGGUGGCUUGGAGCAACAGCAAGAACAGCUUCGAUACGCAGCACGGGCGCCAGGAUGACGAUGUUGGGAUCGUCCUGUAG